AUGACUACAGACUACACGGUGUCGAAGACCUUCUGGAAGUGUAUUGACAGGACAGAUUGGCCAGAUUUUAUUGACGUCAGCGACUACAUCCUUGAGUGUGUAGGCAUCUUCCUCAACACCCUGAUAUUGGUCCUCAUCUCGAAGAAGCAAUCGGGUCCGAGAAUCAGUCUCAUUCUCCUACGCGGUAUGGUGGCCUCUUAUUUGCUUUCGACGGUUAUUAAUUUUCUGAGUGAUAUCUAUCCACAUAGUGUGCGCACCGGCAACUACCACUUUAACCGUUUGGUCUGUCUUCUCUGGAACAGUCGCUUCUUCUACUGGAUCUUCAAUGUCAUGGGAGGGAUGUUUCUGGCUAUCUUUGCUGUUGACCGCUACGCCAUUUUGGCACAACUGGACCGUUUCCGAAUAACGGUACCCGAGUACCGCGUCCCCAGCUACGUGGUCUUUGUCGUGAUUUCGUCUCUUCUUCUCUCGCUACCUCAGUUACUGACAGUGAACUUGCAGGGCGAUACUUGUGACUGUGCCCCCAUACAGGUGAAUAUUCCCUUCCUGGCACUCGUCUACGCCCAUGUCUACAUCUGGUUCAGCCUUCUGUUAGUCUUUGAGGGUAGCCUCCUCGUGUAUAUUUCCGCACAGCUGAUACGCUGGAGACAGAACUGGCUUCCGGCCAAUCACAACUGGCGACUGGAUGACGAUCUCAGUGCAUUGAGCCUGAAACGACCGACAGCGUUGGGCAUACAGAAGCGAGCUAAGAAGGGGCCUGCCAACAGCAGCACCCGCAACGACAAAUGCCGCAGCUGGUCCUCGGCCUCCUUCUGCAUUCUACCCUUGACAGCGAGUUAUGUGCUCACCGAUGCCUACGAUUCAAUUUAUCAGUUUCUCAGCGCGGUCGGACUAACGACCUUUAUCAUCAACAGCCCGGAACAGAGGGUAGGGGCGAUGUUACUCCUGGUUCAUUCCACGGCAGUGCCUCUUAUCCUGUGCUUUUACAUUCCCUCAUUGCGAGUCGACCUGCAGAGGCUGUGGAAGAAGGCCUUCACGCAGAGGUCCAACCCUAGCGUACCGUAG